GUAUUCAAUGCUUGAAGCGGCAAAGGUGCAUUUGUUGAGCUUGGCGUAGAAUUUUUGCUCUUUGAGGAUAGAGAGGACUUGGCAGAGAUGUUGAAGGUGGGACUCGAAGGUGGGGCUAUGGACAAGGAUGUCAUCGAGGUAAACGACGACACAGACUUCGAGGAGGUCGCGGAAGAUGUGAUUCAUGGUGGAUUGGAAUGUGGCAGGGGCGUUGGUGAGUCCAAAGGGCAUUACAAGGAACUCGCAGUGCCCAAAGCGAGAACGAAAUGCGGUCUUGUGGGUGUCCUCCUCGCGGAUGCGGAUCUGGUGGAAGCCACUGCGGAGGUCAAUUUUGGUAAAGUAUUUGGCUCCACGAAGGUGGAGCCAGUGGUGGAUGAAGGCGGAGGUGUGGAUGACGUGCUAGCGGAGAGGGCGGAUGACGUGCUAGCGGAGAGGGCAGUGGACGUGGAUGAAGGCAGAGGUGGCACCCAAGCAGAGAUGGUGGAAACGGAUGUUUUGAUGUCGUCCAUGGAUGACUGGAGAGAUGUCAUCAUGCGGAAAAGAGCCGCGAGGUCGAUGGCGGCAUCGGGUGCUAGUGUUUGCUCGCCUGUGAGGUUGCGGGCGAUGUUGUCCACUGAGUCGGUGCGGAUGCCGGACAUAUCAAUGUUGGAUGAUUGGGCCAUGGUGGUUGAGGAAGCGGUGGUAGCGGCGGCUGAGGAGUUAGCAGCAGAUGACAUGGAGGCAACGGCAGCAGCGGCGGCCUCGACGACUGCGCGUUGAGAGUUCCUGGUUGAGCGUGGCAUGCCCGAGGGGGGAGGUCCUAUUUACAUGAGCAUCAAAAGAAGGUGAUUUACAAAAGAAUAAUAGUAAAUUUUGCAAAAUUGA